AUGAUGAAAGCAGCCGUUACAACAGCUUUUAAAAGGCCACUUGAAAUCAAACAAGUAAAAAUUCCAAAACCUAAACCAACUGAUGUUUUAGUUAAAACUAUUGCUUGUGGUGUAUGUCACUCGGAUUUACAUCUUGCUCAUGGAGAUUGGGAUUUUAAACCUGAACUACCACGUAUUAUAGGGCAUGAAGGUAUUGGUGAAAUAGUAGAAAUAGGCUCAAUGGUUGGUAAUCAUUUGAAAAAAGGUGAUAUUAUUGGUGUUCCUUGGAUACAGGAAACUUGUCUUCAUUGCGAAUAUUGUUUAACUGGACGAGAAACACUUUGUAAACAACAAAUUAAUUCUGGUUUCUCAGUUGAUGGUUGUUUCGCUGAAUAUGUUCUUAUGAAUGGUAAUUUUGCUGUUAAAUUGCCGGAUGGUAUGGAUCCAUAUAAAUCAGCACCACUCUUUUGUGCUGGUGUAACUGUUUAUAAAGCAUUAAAAGUUUCUCAGGUUCGACCUGGUGAAUGGGUAUCAAUUGUUGGCGUUGGUGGUCUUGGAUCGACUGCUAUUAAAUAUGCUGUUGCUAUGGGAAUGCGUGUAGUUGCUGUUGUUGCUCCAAAUGAUAAAGUAUGA